AUGAACCGCUCCAUCUGUCAUGAUCAAACAAAGGAGGUACUGCGGUCUACAUGUAAUGUCCUCAUCCUGAUAGUAGUAAGUGGUAACAAAGCGAUUUCAAAUCUGAGCACCAAAACCAGGCACCAGGCUGGGGAACCAUACCUGGCAACCCCGCUGAGAUGUCCAAACUCCCCGCUGAUACAAGUGACAAACAGUGGAGGAACUUGGACGUCAGCCAUCCUGAGCUCUGUUCCCUUGUACCCUUAUUGGUCUCUGGUAACAGAGACCAAUAAGGGUAUAAGGGAACAGAGCCAACACAUUGGCUGGAGGGGGCAGAACAGCCGUUUAUUCUAUAUACGAACCAUAAGAACUUGGAGUAUUUCAGGAUGGCAAGGAAAUUCCCGACAGGCCCGCUGGUCAUUGUUCUUUGGGAGGUUUAACUUUCAUCUGUCAUAUCGCCCAGGUCCCAGCAAUGGCAAGCCUGACGCCCUGUCCAGGAUCCACGAGGUCCAGGUGCCAUCAGCUCAUGCGCUGCUGCUGAGUUGGCGCCGCACCUGGCUUCGGGCACAAGCCCGCUUCAAAGACAAUGCCGACCUUAAACGUUCUCAGGACUAUGAAGUGGGGGACCAAGUUUGGCUCUCCACAGAGGACCUGCACCUUAAGGUCCCUUCACGGAAAUUGGCACAGAAAUUUAUUGGGCCAUUUACCAUCAUAAAGGUCAUUAAUCCAGUCUCUGUCAAGCUCUCCUUGCCCAGGACUCUGGGUAUCUAUCCCACCUUUCAUGUUAGUAGACUCAAACCGUUCCGGAGCAGCCCUUUGGUUCCACCUACUCCUCUUCCGCUGCCUCCUCGGAUGGUGGAUGGGGAGGUGGCCUACUCAAUCAAGACACUCGGCGGGAGUGAGGCCGCCAAUACUUGGUGGACUGGGAGGGGUACGGUCCAGAGGAGCAUUUGUGGGUUUCCUCUAGACUCAUUUUGGAUCGCAGCCUCAUCCAGGAGUUCCACCGGUCGCACCCGGAUUUUCCGGGGCCAUCGUCAGCUCAAAGAAGACAGUGACUGACCUGCGGCCCUCCUCCGCUCCUCCCUGUUCAGUCAUACCCUUUUUCUAUUUCACAUUUCAGUCACGUGAUUACUCAGCUGUUCACAAUCUGGUCAUUUACUCUAGUACUUAAGCACCAGCACUUACCUUAGUUCCCUGCCAGAUUGUGAGUUUUGUAACCCAUUCAAGAAUUCCUCGUUUUUGCCUGCCUGUUAACGUCUUGCCUGUUUUUUGACCACGUCUUUGAUAUUUUGGAUCAUCCCUCCCGGUGUUUGACCUGAUUACCCGUUUUUGACCAUCCGCUUGCCUGCCUGUUGUGUACCUUUGCCAUUCUGCCUACCUGGUGGUGACAUGCGCCUGUACCUUAACUAUUCUGAACAUUAAGGCUUCUGUUUACUUACCUGGACGUCUCCUGAGCUGUGCAUGUGGGUUAGUUAUGAGCCAAAGAACAAUACACACUAAGCUAACUGCUAGCUAAAUAAAUCAUGUAAACAUUGUUUACAUUAUCUGUUAUUCCUACAUUCUGGAAAGUUAUCACAUCACGCUGUUACUUUCUAGCCCUCCUACAGAGCUUGUCUAAGGUAAAUUAUUGGUCUGCCAUUUGGUCACAUUUUCUAUCGCACCGAGGUCAUAAAACGCGAUCAGUCAUUAUUCGUGGCUAAGUCCUUUCAAUUAUGUGUUGGUGUUUUGAAGCCAAUUGCAUAGCUUCUAACUAGAGUCAGAGUUAAUUAAAAUGACACCUCAUUGGCCACAGUCAGUUGUUGCUAGGCAAAAUGUGGCCAAACAGACACCUGCCCGCACCCACCUGCCCUCUGGUGGCAAUAUGUGACGGAUGUGGACAUGCUAGACAGUGACUGGACACUGUUUAUAUUUAGUUAGAUGGGUUAAAUAACUGUUAUUUGGAUAUAUUGAUCACUUUUAUUGCUAUUUUACGUGCUUUACUGGUGGAAAAAAAAUUGAAUUCCACACUAAGAAAUCCAUAGCCUGACUGUUCGCAUUAAAAUCUUCAUAACUUUGUCCUGCUUUACUUCAUCAAAACCAUCUUUUGCUGGGUUUAAAGCCCACUAAUUUUGCUAUGAUUAUAUGGAGGUUUGAAGUACCUGAGGCCUCUAUUUACAGAGGUAUUCAUCCUGAAAGUGCAUUUAUCAGAUUUUUCAGACAGAACUGAAACAUUUUACUUUUUUAUUAAUUAUAAACAUCAUAUCAGCAACACUCAUUUCACAUCUCACAAGUGCCCUUUAUAUUAUGACAUUAUUUGCAUUUAAAUACACUUUGUGGUUGCAGAGAUAAAUUCAUUUGAAUGUAGAUAUGCCAUUUUCCAGAAGACCCCCCAAAACAGGCCUUUGGGUGUAAAAGGAGCUGUUAGGACAUCCUAUGGGUAAGGAGUUACAGUAGUCCAGCCUAGAGGUAACAAAUGCAUAGAUCAGUUUCUCUGCAUCGCUCUGAGAGAGGAUGGCAGGAGAGGCUUGUAUGAUGAGGCCAGGAGUAGCAGCUCUUAAAGUAGAGGAAAUAUUGCCUGCAGUUGCGUGUAGACCAGCUGCUGGACACAUGAUAGCUACAGACCUUACCAGCUAUUAUUUUCUGUGUACUUUCUCUUUAACUUGUUUGUUUACCUACUCUAUCUUGGUGAUGUAUUUUUUUGUUGUUUUGUAAAUAGUUUUUCUGUAAUAAACAUUUAAGCCGAUGAGGACUACAACUGUGUCAGACAAAGUCAAAGGUCACUUGAUCUUUUCACCGUUGAACUUGCCAUGUUAGAGUGCACUUGAUCUUCAACCUCGAAUGUUAAAGUGCACUUGAACUUUAACACCGAAAGUCAAAGUGUACCUGUUCUUUGAACCCGAGACUCAUAGGUCCGCUGAACUUUAAUCCACCGUGUUAAAGGGCGAUGUGAUCAUCGAAUGCCAGUAUGUAUGCAGAUAUAUUAUAUAUAUGAGCCACCGGUGCUUUCUGUGUAUCCUUCUUUAGGCUGUGCUCUCUGUAUCACUAGGGUGUCGCAUUCCUCUGCGUGUGUAUCUGAGUUCACAGGCCUGCGGUGGCCUGGUAUCCUUCUACAGUCCUCCUUCCCCCGUCUGGAUUUAUGCGUCAAGUCGGCCCUGCGUUGUUUUAGAAAGAACAGGUUUUGAAACAAAUGCAUAUGCAGUAUUAGAGUGCGCUGCUGGUGUACAACAGCAACAUCCGCCACAUGUAUGCAAUGAAGCACACACACACACACACACACACACACACACACACACACACACACACACACACACACACACACACACACGCGCUGUAAUAGGGGAAAAAAUCAUUCUCAACCCCUUAAGGUUUGGUCGUGCAUUAAGCGCCGACAUUUAAUGUGUUUGACUGACCAAUUGUUUAUGGUCCGCGUCUGCCUUUUACCCCCGGUCUCUGGCUAUUUUCUAUAUGAUCCCUCAACAGACUCAAAGUCAUAAACCUGAUUAGGCCUCAAGUGGCCCUGCGUUGUUUUAGAAAGAACAGGUUUUGAAACAAAUACAUAUGCAGUAUUAGAGUGUGCUGCUGGUGUACAACAGCAACAUCUGCAACUUGCAAAGCAUAUACCCUUACAUCGAUGAUAGUCCUCUGUGCUGUUGGUCAGAGGAGUCCUCUCGGUCUGCAGUCAUACGGCAUUUUCAGCACACACACACACACACACACACACACACACACACACACACACACACACACAAACGCAUGCACGCACGUGCGCACACACACACACACGCAUGCAUGCACGCACGCACACACACACACACACACACACGCUGUAAUAGAGGGGGAGAGAUCAUUCAACGCAACUCAACAAACAACCUCUCACCCCCCUUAAGAUUCUGUCGCCCCUUAAGCGCCGACAUUUAAUGUUGUGUUUGACCGACCAAUUAUUUAUGGUCCGCAUCUGCUUUUUACCCUAUCCAAUCCCACAACCCUUAAAGUCACAAAGCUAAUGCAUCACGUCUUUGAAACUCGAUGCCCCAUCCCUUCUGACAGCAUGGCACCCUCGCAUGUAGGAGUGAGAAUGUAAACAUCUUCACCCCCGGUGCAAUAAGGCGAUUCCACCAGGCGCCGGGAGAACGGUUAAAAAACACAGCGUUAUAAUACCGAUCGAAACAUGAUUAUACAAAAAUACCGCUUUAACCCGUUACACCGCAGGAGUGUUCGGGGGGAGCCCUUCUUGGGAAUAUUAUGUUGUAACACUAUGUUGAUUUGUUAUGCGAAACAAGAGGUGUGAGGGUGUCCCCAGGGGCUGUUGUAAAACCAUUUGAUCAGUUUCUGGGUGACUUUUAUGGAGAAACCUGGUAUAAAUAUAGGCGGAGUUGAAGCGUCAGAAUCAACCCGAACCCAGGCCUUCACGCUAGAUCCUCGUCGGCCGUUGAAGCAGAGGUAUGAUUCGAGGUAAAGCUCCGACGACUCUCAUUUCUUUGAUUCUCCUGAAAAUAUGCGCAAACAAAUUUCGUCCGCGUCAGCUCCUGCAUCUCAAGCCGCCCGCGGGGCUCGUCUGUCAGAGAGCGCUAGACUCCAUCGCCUUGCGCUACAGCGUUGCCAGAGCCAACAAUUCCAACUGCAGUAUAGGCACCAGGCGGCUCAACAAGCAUUCAACGCCUUCCCAACCGGAGAGGCCCUUAGAUUCGUCGAUGAGAUCCAUCAGCCGCCACGGACCGAUCACAGUCUCGACGUAUCAGACGACGCUCUUCUGGAGGUGUCACCGGACCCCGGAGAGAUAUUUACUGCCGGCGAGUGUGUCGUCAAUGCGCCGCCAUCCACCCCGGAGCCGCCACAGCAACCGCAAGAACAACAAGAACAACAACAACAAGAACCGCGGAGCCCUGAAGAGGAGUGUCUAAUCGGCGAGCUGGAACACGUACUGUCCAGACAGCCGAGCGUGGAGCCUUCAACUUCUGAGAGCGGGGCCCCUGCGCUUCUAGCUGAGCAGCGCGUCCCGGAACAGGCGAGGCGAGCCCCCGUGCGUCGUCAGGGGACUCCUCUUCCAAGGGUUUUUUUUUUAAAGAGGGUUGUUUCUAUGGCCUGUGACUAACUCGAGACUGUUUUCAAUCAGAUUCCGCUCGUCCGGGACUACGAGGGAGGAGGCGGUUCCGAGGAUCGAGGCUGCUCUUCAAUAGGGCCGUUGAGCACAGAUUUGAGAGCGUCGUCUGGAAUGUUAUUGAGAGGAGUCUGAUGAUGAAUGAUUUGCUCCGCAAGCUGAUGUGAAAACUGUGCUGGAACGUCACUCAUUUGAAUAUUAAACAACAAGAUGGCUGAUGAAAACUCUGAUGUCAAUGAUUUACAAGCCGAAUUAGAGGAUGUGUUAACUUUGAUAUCCAAUGGCCAAAGAGGGUUUCGGGGUGUGAACAUAACCACCGAGCAUUUUGAUCGGUUGGAUGAAUUGGUCAAUGAUUUGGUGGCAAGAGUCGGAAGUGUGUCUCCGGUCUACUCCCCGAAUCGCGACUAUGACUUUCCUAGCGGGGGUGAUGAGUAUGUUUCUGAUUUUGAUCGAUUAGAACAGUCUGUAAACCUCUUCAUUGAAAGACUGCAAAAUCCCAGCCAGAGAAAUAAUGAACUCCCGUCAGAGGAGGACAAUGACGAUGCUAUGGAAGGAGCUCCCCCGAGCAGAGACGGCAACCCGGAAGCACCCCCCGACGGACCCCCGACGCACGACGUGGCGCAGAGGGGAAGCGGGGCCUCCGAUGAAACCAGGAUUGUAACCAGAAACAGUUUCAAUAACUUUGAAAUAAGACGACUGCUUAAUAUCGGGCAGACGGACGAGGUUGAUUACGGACACUUUUACGGGACUGUUAUGGGGAAUGUUGCCGAGAUGGUGCAGCAGGCUUUAAAUCAGACUCAGCAAGGCGACGUUAUCCAGCUCGAGCUAAGGGGGGACAUGCUGCGAUCACAAGCGGCCGCUGUUGUGUCAGUCGCGGAUGGCGUGGAUUUUUCCCAAUUUCAGGACCUGCUGGACGGCGCCGUUCCUUUUUGAAUCAAUCUCGAGAAUUGAAUCGUAGCAGGCGUAGACCACUAGCGUAGUCGUCUGCGCUAGAGCCGUUCUAAAGCGCAUCUCCAGGCGCAAGGUGCCUGUCUUGACCUGCAGCAGAGCUCCGCCCUCCUCCUCCGGGGCCACGUUGAACGCGUAAAGCGUAUAACCUUGCUCAUAAUCUCUUCUAUUAAAACACAGAGGCUGGUCUUUCAGGUGCCGCCCGGUAGCGGUGAUUAAGCUGUAAUACUCUCUGAUAGAGGAGCCGUGCUCAAAAUCAGGCUGCCGGCUUUUCCCGGAAUCUGUCUGCCGUCUCUGCAUAGGGCUAAAAACUCCAGGUUGGCGUGAAUAAACCUGAAAGGGUUCAUAGUACUCCGCCCCGUAAAAGCCUCGUGGUUAACCAGCCCUAUAACCACAUAUUUCGGUAGAGUGCCCAGAAAAAGAUUUUCCUGCGUGCAUAUUCUGGAAUUGACCGGGAUGGAGAAUGUUUUAACAUUGACGCGCGAGAGCGGGUACAAAGCGUUGCCCUUGGUCAGUGCGGAUGAGUGUCCUAUGCGCACGGCGGGGGACACGGUCACUUUCUUUACAAACAGAGAGGCGCCCAGCACAUGCAGCUUAAAAUCGGCGUUUGCAGCGUGCAUCAGGCAAAAGGCGUUGCUGGCUCUUGUGAGUUUAACUCUUAAAUCGACAGAAUUUAAGAGCAGCCUCUCGCAGAAAAAGAUAUCCGCGUGUAGUGGGCCCAGGAGAUGGAAUUCGCGCGCUGAACCUGGCCCUCGCAACAAAGCCGCUGUUUGGCCCGUUAUUCACCACGUGAGAGUCCAUGGCACCUGCCGUGUCCUGAUAAAACAGGCCGGCGCUGAACUGACUUUUCAGAGAUUCAGAGGGUAGUUGAUGAUGCCUACAUCAGCGUCCGCCGCUAAAUUGGUUCCGUCCGCGUUUGUAAUUUUCUGCCUUAAAAACAGCAGCGUGUCAUUCAGAUCCAGGUAACGCUCCCCCUCCGCCGCUACAUAAAAUUCAAUAGGACCGCCGUCAGUGAUGGAGGAGAUUGGUGAAAUCUCCACAUAUUGCUUGUCCUCUAUGCUCAGUUGUGAAAACGGACAAGAAAACAAAUCCAGCUCUGACAUGACGCAUUCCGACGACUUCUCGUGUAACAGAGCCAUGCUGAUUAGAAAAUAUCCUCGUUCUUUACAGCAGACCUCCGCUUUUUACGACCGCCCGGGUUGACUGAAUUUUAUUAUGAGCGGGUCUUCUUUUAGAGACUCCUGGUAGACGCUGCCCCGGGGGGCGUUUCCUGGCUCUACGGGCUAAAACCAUAAUACCGGAGCCCUCCUGCGGCUCUUCAGACCGGCCGCCGGUGAACCUCCUUACAACCUUCCGCACAACGUCGGAGGCUAUGUUUUUAGCCGCCGUUGCUAGAUGGGGCUUGGCCACUCUAAAUCCACUUUUUACCAGAGGCAUUACAAAACGAAACAGUUUGGAAAACAUUGAGCCUAGACCUCUACCGUACUGCGCGGGGGCUCCGCCAAAGCCUGAAAGGCCGGACCCCACCCGAUCGUCAUAAUAGCUGACGAAUCUAUACGGGUCCGCGUUAUAACUCCGGCGCAUCAUGUUUUUACGGGCCUAAAGUGCAGCGUGAGUAUCGUCUUGCCGUACGCAAAUUUGACGGGGUUGUUUUGAUCGUUUUUAAUUUCCACGUAGACGUUCUCUAUAUGAUGCUUGGACAGCGGCAGGUAGUGCGGAGGAUUGAACGUCUUUGUGAUGACGUCUCCGUAUUGACCCUCGACCGUCACGCAGCGCAGGAGAGGAGCGAACGAGUCACCAACCACCUGGUGCCUCACUAUAUCCGAAUAACAGUAUAAAUGGUAAAAUCCGCACUUUAAAUCAGCGGGAUGCGGCGACAGCUGGACUCCAGGCCCCGUAGAAAUCCACGCGUCCUUCUCCACACCCAGCGCGUAGCACACAGGCUCAGGAAACUGGAGUUUAUAGCGCCCACUGCCGUUCCAUGCAAAGAAAUGCGUGUGUGUUUCAUACCCUAGAUCGACGUCCAUUUUAAGCCUUUUAAACCUGUUGUUUAGCUUCCUCAUAAGACUCUCUCUAACGUAGGACCCGUAUCCUAAAAACUCUCGAUUCACCUCAUGGUCUGCCUCGGCAUCGGUGGCGGGGUGCUCGGGGUUCUCUGAGGGUUCAAGAGGGGCCGUAUCCAUCCAGCUAAAAUAGGCGCGACCGUGGGGUAUUGUCGACCAUGUAUGCAUGUAUGACAGGUCUGUCAGAGCAACUUCCCAAGCUCCUUUUAAACCUAUAUGCUGCGCCAGAUUGGCGCGAAAUACAGAGGGUGUGUUGUCCGGGAACAGCUCAACACCUGCGUUGGACGGCAGGGUGAUGUAAAAACCAUCCUCGUCCAUAUUUUAUACGUUUACAAUCUCUGACGCCUUUAUAUAACUGUUAAACUUUUCGGGCCAGUUCAACCAUUUAACCAGAACGUGCUCCACCCCUCCAAUUUUGCGUUUGCCCAGAAUUUGCUCAACCUUGAACGCCUUGUCGCCGGACACCACCACUUUCUGCAAUUCUGCCUCGUAAAAGGAUCCUUCGACGGGCUCGCCGUCGUAAUCGCAUAGUUUGUAGACCGGCGGUAUCCUAGGAACGCAUUCCGCGAUCUUAAAAAGCUCGUUGGUGAACCCCUGGGUAUAUUUCUUGUCAAAAACGCCUCUCAGCUUCGAUAUGCGCACAAUAUCACCGACUUUAAAAUUCAUCUUUAAGGCCUUCUCGUGUCUCAAAGGAAAGGAGCCGUACAGAUUCUGUAAUACCUGUAAAGCAUUUUCAGACGUCACCUGAACGGGCUUCAUUUUAAUACUCAAGUGAUACGCGUUAUUGUAGCUUUUGACAAUCUGCUGCAAAACCUCCACAUAUCUCAGGGUGUUUUUACCCGUAAAGUAGGGGUACAGUUUAUAUUUUAAGGUUUUAUUGUAGCGCUCCACGACCGACGCUUUGACCUCGCUGGAUGUGCUGAAAUGCGUGAUUUCAUGUUUUUUCAUCAGAGCCUUAAAUAGCUGUAUAUAAUAGUUGUAAAACUCUUUUCCCUGAUCCGUCUGAACACGUUUAGGGAUUCCACUCUCGGCGAGAACGGACUCAAAAGCGGUCGCCACCUCUUUUGCACCCUUAUUCUUUAACAGGCCUAACGUAUGCUUUUUUAGAAAAUACGUCAAUAACGGUCAGCAGAAAUUUAUAACCGUCGUUGUGCGACGCUAGGUCCUGCAUGUCGCAGAGAUCGGCUUGAAAUUGGUUCAGAGGUCUGGACACAAACACCCUAUUUCUAGGGAAAUGGAUCCUUACAGGCUUAUGCAGCGUGUACGCGUCUUGUUUGGCUAAAAACUCUUUGAUGCGAUCCAUACUAAUUUUCUUGCCAGAAUCCCGUUCUACGGCUCUGUGUAAAGGAGCCACACCGCCAUAACUGCCCGGAUGAGAAGGGUUGUAAUAAAUUUUCUUCAUCAGGUUUUCAAGUUUAGGAGGCAUCUUCUCUCCUCGCCAAAAACCUCUGCUCUGAACAGCCAGCACGCUUUUUACGUAGUUAUAAGGUUAUUCGGUCGCUUCAGUAAUGAGUAGUCUUUUUUACAAAUUCACAAGCUCUUAUUUUUUUUUUUUUAAAGAGAAUAAAUGUUACAUCGCUUAUACAAAAUGGAUAAAUGCAUACAAUGUGAUUACAAUACAUGUGACUACGCAAAAUGAUAUGGGCAAUAGGUAGAUGCAGUAUGAAUAAGUGAAAUUAGAAUGAGUACACACACACACACGAUGAAUAAAUGACACUAGAAAGACUUACAGGCUAUCAUGACAAAUGCGCCCCUCCCAGAGAUCCACCGCCUCCUGCAGGUCACGUCGCUCAUGUUUUGACAUAGCCCGCUCUGUCAGUUCAUCUUGUAUAUCACCCAGAACCUCCACGACAUUCUCUGUAUCUUUCAGGCCGUGCAGAACGGCUUCCCCGGCCUGUAGCACUCUCUCCGCCGACACACGGAUGUUGUAUUUCUCAAGCAGUCUACUCGCCGCCGCGACGAAGCUGCUGGUCAGAACCCUCUUCUUUAGAGCUUCAUAAUAUCUUCCCAAAAAGUACGGGGGUACUCCAAACGGGCAAGUGUGCUGCAUCUGGCUGGGAUGCGAGGUCUGGCAGCCGUUGCAGAUGAACUUGUUGUACUCGUGAACUGUGAUGUACAGAACCCGCGUCGCAAAGGCCUUUACAGUGUCCAGAAAGAGCCUCAGCAGAGGUCCGUCCAGCUCAUCCCCGCUCUCCUCCUCCGGGGCGGGAUGGUGGACCUCGCACCGCACCGACAUGAUUGAUCCAGGGGACGCCGCUCCCACGUCCUUCUCCUCGCUGUCAUGAACACUGCACCCGUCUGAGCCAAGUUCCAUUGAGGGCCGGUCGCUGAUCCGCGUUGAUGUGGAAGCGGUGUCAUCGUCGUCAUCCCCGUCUUAGCAGGCGCUAUCCAUCGACGGGGUCGGAGAAGGUGGAGGCGUGAGUUGCAGAGAAGCCAUGCUUGCCGGGUUUCUUGCUUGGUUGAUUGCUUGCCGAGGACUGGAGCCGAGGGUCUCUAUUUAUCCUCGGAGAUGAGAGGGGGAGGGGUGGGUGUGUCUAGGGGAAGAGGGCUUUUCUAACUACAAUCAACUCCUUAUAAUCCUGGCUCAUCCGAAACAACUGAGCAAUUGAGACUCCCCAUUCAUCAAACAUUUUCAGCCACUCUCUGCAGGAUACAUUCAUAAUUUGCUGGAAAACCCCACACUCGGUGCUGAAGCGGGCUACGAGCAGCCGACAGUCGGGGCCUCCGGGCGCGUGUAUGCUUACUCUGUAGUACCAACGGUCGCUGACGGAGCCGCUGGUUUCCCAGACAAACUUUAGUAUUUUCGGGUCGGGGUCCUCCAUGUCGAACACUCCCAUAGCGUCGCUCAAACUCUCCCCCUCGGUGUCCGGCAUCGUUCGCAUACUCUUUUCAACGGGCUCAUCUUCCUCGUCAGAUUCAUCCUCGUCCAUUCUUUCAAAAAGCUCACUCAGAUACUCCGCUACUAUGCCGCGCAAAACACUCCAGUCAUUUGCAGUGACGGGCAUCGUUACAGUGUCGGGGGAGAAAUCAUCUCCGACGUUGAGCUGGUAAAGACGCAACUCCCCCGUGGGGUAGCAAAACACAUAGCCGAUAGAGCCCGACGGUAGCUUAAGCUCGCCCUUGAGAGACGCGGGAAGCGCUCUCUGCACUCUGCACAACCGCAACUUUGUUUUCUUAGGAGCUCCGCGCUGAAACCGAUUCUCCACCGCAACCCCAACGUUCACGCUGCUGCUGAUGUUGUCAGAAUCCUCUGCCGCCGGAGAAUCGGACAUUUUUCUGUUUUUCUCCCACACCAGACAGUCUCUGGUCACUACAAAAACCCCCAUUGCAACGUCUUUAUAAAGCUGCACGCUCGAGGAGGCGGCUGAUAGAGGCCGUGCUACACAACAGUUACGCUCUGAUGAUCACAACGCCCCUUUAACGCGGUGGAUUAAAGUUCGGCUGACCUUUGACUCUGGGGUUAAAGAUAAAGCGCACUCUGACACUCUGGGGUUAAAGACCAAGUGUACUCUGACCCCUAGGGUUAAAGAUCAACGGUGAAAAGAUCAAGUGACCUUUGACACUCGGGGCUAAAGAUCAAGGGUGAAAAGAUCAAGUGACCUUUGACCCCUUGGGUUAAAGAUCAACGGUGAAAAGAUCAAGUGACCUUUGACACUCGGGGCUAAAGAUCAAGGGUGAAAAGAUCAAGUGACCUUUGACCUAGAGCUGUCAAAAACAAAGUUGAUCGAAAGUGGGGUAUAUAAUCUCUUGUGUCCCUGUGUGUGUGUGUUCUCCAUUGUUUGGCCAACCCUUACAAGCAUAAACUGAAAUUUCACAAUAAAAUAACCAUCAACACUUCAUCUAACUACAAUUAAUAAUAAUGCAAUAAUAUUUGCUAUUGUAGAUUUUUUUCAUCAACUAGUAGAUAUGUAUUCAUGAAAGGUUUCACACAACUUAAUUGAGAUUUUAAAGUCAAAGUCAUAACAUCAAGUCAGUCACUCACUCAUUAUCUUGCUGCUUAUUCCUCCCAAAGGGAGAUGAGAAAAUGCAAUAACUGCUUGGUGCCACAUACAGUAACUUCACAUUUCAUCAUUUGCCAGUCAAUUCUUUAAAAACCUCACAAAAUGUGCUGCUUAAAUACCCACUGCAGUAUCCAGAGACCCAUUCAAAAACACCUGUGGUUUAAAGCUACAAUCAGAUCAACAUCUUU